AUGAAGGCCCUUUCUCCCCUCCUGCUGGCUGGAGCGGCCUCUGCUGCUAUCGCUCCUCAACAGCAGCCACUCCAAUUCCCCAAGUCCUUCCCCACCGAAGCCAAAAACGUCCUGGGUAACCAGCUGCACCAUCUUAAGGAUGCCCUUCGUGGUCUUACUGAGGAAGCUGCGGAGAUCUGGGACGAGGUUGCAGCGCUGUACCCCGAAGAUAUGAGCCGCGCUAGCUUCUUCUCUAUGCCCAAGAAACACACCCGACGACCGGAUCAUGAAUGGGACCACAUUGUCCGUGGCGCCGAUGUCCAAAGUGUCUGGGUCGAUAACGCCGACGGAGAGAAAGAGCGUUAUCUCGAUGGCAAGCUUGACACAUAUGACCUGCGAGUUAAGAAGGUCGACCCCAGCUCAUUGGGCGUCGAUCCCGAUGUCAAACAAUAUUCGGGAUAUUUGGAUGACAACGAAAACGACAAGCACCUGUUUUACUGGUUCUUCGAGUCGAGAAACGACCCAGAGAAUGACCCUGUUGUAUUGUGGCUCAACGGUGGCCCAGGCUGCUCUUCUUUGACCGGUCUGUUCCUCGAGCUCGGACCCUCGCGCAUCAACGAGAAGCUUCAACUGGUUCCGAACCCGUACUCCUGGAAUGACAACGCCAGCGUCAUCUUCUUGGACCAACCGGUCAAUGUCGGCUAUUCUUACUCCAGCUCCAGCGUCUCCAACACCGUGGCUGCUGGCAAGGACGUCUAUGCGUUGCUUACCCUCUUCUUUGAGCAAUUCCCCGAGUAUGCCAAGCAGGAUUUCCACAUUGCCGGGGAGUCGUAUGCUGGGCACUACAUUCCCGUCUUCGCAUCAGAAAUCCUGUCACACAAGAAAACCAAUAUCAAGCUUACCUCGGUCUUGAUUGGCAACGGGCUGACCGAUGGAUACACCCAGUACGAAUACUAUCGGCCAAUGGCCUGCGGUGACGGAGGGUGGCCGGCUGUGCUCGACCCGCAGUCUUGCCAGGCGAUGGACAAUGCCCUUCCUCGCUGCCAAUCGCUGAUCCAAAACUGCUAUGAUAGCGAGAGCGUGUGGUCGUGUGUCCCUGCUAGCAUCUACUGCAACAACGCAUUGCUCGCGCCUUAUCAACGAACGGGGCAAAAUGUCUACGAUGUGCGCGGCAAGUGCAAGGACAGCAGCAAUCUGUGCUAUCCCGAACUAGGCUGGAUCAGCAAAUGGCUCAACGACAAGUCGGUGAUGAAGGCUUUGGGAGUGGAGGUUGAUGGAUACGACUCGUGUAACUUUGACAUCAACCGCAACUUUUUGUUCCAGGGCGACUGGAUGCAGCCCUUCCACCGACUGGUGCCCGGCCUCAUUGAGAAAAUGCCGGUCCUGAUCUAUGCGGGGGAUGCCGACUUCAUCUGCAACUGGCUGGGCAACAAGGCGUGGGCGGAAGCGCUUGAGUAUCCCGAUCACAAGAAGUUUGCGGCAGCGACCAUGAAGGAUCUUCGCUUGGAUGCAAGCAAGGACGGGCGCAAGAUCGGAGAAGUCAAGUCGCAUGGCAACUUUACCUUUAUGCGGAUUCAUGCGGGAGGUCAUAUGGUUCCUCUGGAUCAACCCGAGGCUAGCCUGGAGUUUUUCAACCGGUGGCUGGCGAAGGAAUGGUUCUAG